CUCUGUUUCUGGGCGAAUCCGUUCCGUUUUGCUUGAAUCCGCCUCUCCGUGCUCGUUCGUAUUGACGCACUUAAAGACUCUUCCCUCAACCUUAAGGCGAGCGGCAGCGACCAAUCACCAAGCCAUUACAGGCUUCAGAGGAAACUGUUUAUGUGACUCCAGAGCUAAUUAGGCUCAUGAACUAACAAAUCGCUAGCACAACUGGUGAGGAACCGAUCACAUUCAUGGAUUGUCUGGAGAAGUCGGCCACCUCUCUCACGAUGUGUUGAGCUGUGCGCUUUUUAAAGAUUUUUUUACCCUUUCUUUAGCUGUCACUAACUUGUCUCUUGCUUGACAAAACUUUGGUCUUGGGUGUGGAGUAUUUUUUAGUGCUAACGCGUGUGCCGUUUUCACUUAAACUGGGGAAUCUUGACUGGUAAACUAUGUUUCAACCCACACCGAAGAGGUGUUUUACCAUUGAGUCUUUGGUAGCGAAGGAUAAUCCUUUGCCAUCGUCGAGAUCCGAGGAGCCCAUACGACCAGCGGCUCUCAGCUAUGCAAACUCCAGCCAGAUGAAUCCAUUUUUAAACGGCUUUCACUCCAGCGGCAGGGGCGUCUACUCAAACCCGGACUUGGUGUUCGCUGAGGCUGUUUCACAUCCUCCCAACUCCGCCGUCCCAGUCCAUUCAGUACCUCCUCCUCAUGCUUUGGCUGCUCACCCACUGUCGUCCUCGCACAGUCCGCACCCUCUUUUCGCAAGCCAGCAAAGGGACCCUUCAACUUUUUACCCGUGGUUGAUACAUAGAUAUAGAUACUUGGGUCACAGAUUUCAAGGAAACGAAACGAGUCCUGAAAGCUUCCUAUUGCACAAUGCGCUAGCAAGAAAGCCCAAAAGGAUUCGUACAGCUUUUUCACCAUCACAGCUACUACGGCUUGAACAUGCUUUCGAAAAAAAUCAUUACGUCGUCGGUGCGGAACGAAAACAACUCGCUCACAGUCUUAGCCUCACAGAAACUCAGGUAAAAGUUUGGUUUCAGAAUCGAAGGACGAAGUUCAAGCGUCAGAAACUGGAAGAGGAAGGGUCGGAUUCACAACAGAAAAAGAAAGGAACUCAUCACAUAAACCGAUGGAGACUGGCCACAAAACAAGGAAGCCCUGAGGAAAUUGACGUCACCUCAGACGAUUAAAAGACUUAAACUGUUUGAACCCGGGACAGCGGCGUGGCUUGAAGAAUGUCACGGAUAAGGAUGCUGUGUACUGACAGAGGGAGAGGGUAAAGCCAAUAUCACAUUUUGAUUCUUCGAGAUCGGCAGCUUGAGGGUGAGAGAUCCUGUUGGUGGCACUGCUGUCACUACAAGGGAACUGUCAAUAAUUUUUACGUUGCCAAGGCAAGGUGAUUGACAGGUAUUACACGCAGCCCCUCCCGCCCCAUCACCACACUACCCGCACCACCUCAUCACCACUAUCACAAAACAUAGCUCAAAUGCGUAUAGGACAUUUGCACUUCUGAGGGGUUUUUCUCUCAUUUUAUUUUUGCAAGACGUGAACCUUCCACAUCAAGAAACCAAAAUAUACAACUGUUUUUGUAAAACUUGAAUUGCAUGGUAGAGCAAUGCAUUUUUUGGUAGGUUAAUUAAUUUGACCUUUUUUUUCAAAGUAAAUUUGUUUUGAUUAUAUUUUUAAUCUGAGAAAUGUUGUGUGCUUCUUCCUUUUUUACAACAGUGUGCAGUCUUUGAAUUUAUGAUUCUCGUGUUAAAGUGAUUGUGCAAACAAUAUGAAGUAGCAGUGCUGCGUUAUAGUGUUUUUAAAAAGUAAACAAAUUUAAAAUCAGAUUAUAAAAAACUUUACCACAUACAAUAGUAAUUAUAAUGAAAAUUCUCCAUGGCAUUCCUUAAAAUUUAAGCUUUACCAUGACUCCGUAAUCUUGGUGCGAAUAUAUGAUCGGGACUCGCCCCC